GACAGUUGGUGCUUUAGUAACUAAGCAGAGCAACUGGGAAAUCGGGCGCUGCGGGUUCUGUCUGAGGGGCUUCGGAAACCUUCUAGCAGAUUCCAGCGUCCUAGGUGAGGGAACAGUCUCUUUCCUUGCCUGGGACUCUGGAACCGCCUCUUUCUAACGAAACAUGCCCGUCCUAUAUGACAGACUGUUGAAGCUAAAAGAGAUGUUUAACUCUAAGUUUGGGUCCACACCGAAGUUUUAUGUUCGAGCCCCAGGAAGAGUCAACAUAAUAGGAGAGCACAUUGAUUACUGUGGAUACUCUGUUCUUCCCAUGGCUGUGGAACAAGACAUGCUAAUAGCUGUGGAACCUGUGAAAACACACACUCUCCAACUGGCCAAUACAAACCCCUUGUAUCCCAGUUCCAGCCUACACGUUUUUGCUGCUGAACUCUACCAGACCUUUAAAGAAGAGCCAAUAUGGAUGCUUCAUAAACUAUUCCAGAGAAUAGAAAAUGACGGAAGAAGACACCCGCAGUGGUGGGGAAGAGACUUCAGUACUAGUGCUAAUAACAUCCAUAUUGACAAAACCAAACCGGUAUGGCACAACUACUUCCUAUGUGGAUUUAAAGGAAUUCAGGAACACUUUGGUCUUAGUAAACUGACGGGGAUGAACUGUCUGGUAGACGGAAACAUUCCCCCAGGUUCGGGCCUCUCCAGCUCCAGUGCUCUGGUCUGCUGUGCUGGGCUAGUGACUCUCACAGUGCUGGGAAUGAGUCUAUCCAAGGUGGAACUUGCAGAAAUCUGUGCCAAGAGUGAGCGUUACAUAGGCACUGAAGGAGGAGGCAUGGACCAGUCCAUAUCAUUUCUUGCAGAAGAAGGAACUGCCAAGUUAAUAGAGUUUAGUCCUCUGAGAGCAACUGACGUGAAACUCCCCAGUGGGGCAGUCUUUGUGAUUGCCAACAGCUGCGUGGAAAUGAACAAGGCGGCCACUUCCCAUUUCAACCUCAGGGUGAUGGAGUGUCGGCUGGCUGCAAAGGUCCUUGCUAAACACAAAGGGUUGCAAUGGGAUAAAGUCCUACGGCUAGAAGAAGUGCAAACCCAACUGGGGAUUAGUCUGGAAGAAAUGCUGUUGGUCACAGAGGACGUGCUUCAUGCUGAACCCUACAGCAGGGAGGAGAUCUGCAAGUGCCUGGGGAUUAGCGUGGAGGAACUCCGUACUCAAAUCCUGAGUCCAAAUACUCAAGAUGAGCUCACCUUCAAGCUCUACCAGCGGGCCAAGCACGUGUACAGCGAGGCCGCGCGUGUGCUGCAGUUUAAGCAGGUGUGUGAAGAAGCGCCUGCCAAUGCUGUCCAGCUGCUGGGCGAGCUGAUGAACCAGAGCCACAGAAGCUGCCGGGACAUGUAUGAGUGCAGCUGCCCCGAGCUGGACCAGCUGGUGGAUAUCUGCCGGAAGUUUGGGGCCAGAGGUUCCCGACUUACUGGAGCAGGGUGGGGAGGCUGCACGGUGUCCAUAGUGCCCACCGACAUGCUGCCCAGCUUCCUCACCAACGUCCAUGAAGCUUACUACCGGAGGAACAGCUCCAGCCUGGCCCUGGAGAAGCACAGCUUGUUCGCUACCAAACCUGGAGGCGGGGCUUUGGUUUUCCUGGAGGCCUAAACAAUGUAAAACAUCUCAGAGAAACUAUUUGGGGCAUUUAGGGGCUGGCGAGAUUUCCCCGGGCCACCACAAAUCAGCCCCUUUUCUGUUUUGUUAGGAAGAACGGCUGCUAUUAUCAAGAUGCAUUUCCAGAGAAAUGGUGAAAGCUAUGCUUCAUACUGACCACUUCUCUCUCUCAAUGGAUUUUCUUAUGAAUCAGAGCCCAGGGCAUGCUUAGGCAGAUCUUUAAGGUAUGACUAAUAUUUAUUGAUUUGAAGAUUUUAAAGAUGAAGAGCAGAAUGUACUCUUAAUUGAACACCGCUACAAUUAAAUUGGUACAGCUGAACUGUA